AUGACUCCACAUAAUAUCCUUGCGUUGAUUUUAGUAACUAUUAUAAAAAGUGGCAAUGGGUUUUCAGCAAAUGAAGAAGAUUCAAUUAAAUCUUACAUCAAAUCAACGAUGGAAUGUAAAAAUAUAACAGGUUUAUCAUUAGCAAUGGUGAGGAAUGGAGACGUCUUUACUGAUGGAUUUGGCUAUUCCAACAUUGAUACUCAAACUCCUCUUACUAGUACUACGAAAAUGAAUAUUGGUUCCGUUACCAAAACAUUAACGUCGAUGAUGUGGGCAGUACUCAUUUCUGAAGCAAAAGACAAGAACGAUACAAGCAUUGACUGGAAUACAAAAGUAAAAGAUAUUUUUGGCCCCAACUUUAGAUUAAACGACAGCUGUAGAGCAUCGUUAGUGUCUUUGGAGGACUUUCUGUCUCAUAGAACCGGCCUAGAAUCAGCUGACUUGUUGCUUCAAGCAGGAGAAGGAGGACAUCGGUCACGUGAAGACUUACUUAAUAACUUUAAAGAAUUGGAAUCAGUAGAAGAAUUCAGAGACGUAUUUUCCUACAGCAAUAUUGGUUUUGUCAUGGUGGCAUUUCUGGCAGAAAAGAUUGGUAAAAAACCCUGGGAAACUUUGAUGAGAGAAAAAAUAUUUGAACCUCUAAAUAUGACAUCAACACUCUUUCUUACAGACCAAACGUUUUCUGAGUUGGCGACUCCAUACUUGUUUGAUGAAGAAAAUGGAAUGGAAGAAUCAGAUGAAAGUAUCUAUACCGCAAUUGACCUGUUCGGUCCUGCAGGAAGUGUUUGUAGUACAGCAGACGACAUGUCAACACUUUUGAAAUAUCUGACCUCUGGUGAAUAUAUGGAUCAAUUGGGCAUUGACGAUGAUGUAUUUAAUAGCCUGUUUAAGCAAAAAAGUAUAUUACCGAAGUCAUUCUCCUCUAGAUACAACUUGGAGUACCCCCAAUUUCCUAUAUCAUUCGAUGCCUAUGGAUAUGGGAUGGCCUGGUUUUUAACAAAAUACAGAGGUGAGGAUAACUGCACAUAUAAAUACUAA